UUAUAUUUCGAAUGUACCAAGCAAUAUUUUAUCUCAAAAUAUUCAGAAAACAAAAUUUAAUGCUUUUGUCUACUUGUGUACUAAAUUAGAAAUCGAUAAUUAAAUAAACAAUAUUAGAAUCUUGUAGUUUAUACAAUUACUACUCAAGCCGUGAAAAAUGUAGUUUGUUGUUGUGUAUAACCAUGUCAAAUAAAGUCAAAUGCAUAUUAACAGUUGAGGAGUCGAGUACUCUUCCUGUGAACUCUUUAAUUAUUGCUCUACCGUCGACAUUUACGUUAUGACAGUUAUCUUUAAAUAUGAAUUAAUAAAUCUACCUGUAAUUUACGGUUUCUAAUACUGUUAUAUUGUACCCUCGUCUUGAAGUGUCCAGUUGUUAGAACUGGCUAGUGGGUGUUGAGAACUUGGACUAAGAGCAUUCAGAAUGUUCAGUGAGUCGUACCAGAACCGUUUGCUGCAAUCAUGCAGCCCUGUGAACAGGAAACAGUCCGUGUUGGUUCGACCAGAGCCCAUGGACAGAUUUAUACCUUGCAGACUUGGAAACACUUGGCAGACCAGCUUUCUAGCAAUACGUCGUAGCACAGAAAAUCAGCCGGCGAAAAAAGCGCGCGGCGACGGUGGCGGCAGUGACGGUACUAGUGGUGGUAGAGACCACCUCGCUUACGCUUGCCUACUCCGCAACGAGCUCCUCGGUGCCCAGAUCGAGGAGUUGCGGGGUCCACCAGCCAACUGCUCCGAUGGCAAUAGAGCAACCAUUGGCACCUCCCAACACACAUCGACGGCGAAGGCAGCGCAAGCGUACUCCCCUCCUGUCUUCAAAUUUAGAGCACCCGCCUCUAAUUCGGAGGAGAAUAUAGACCCGUCGCCUUACAGUCUAUCGCCGGUGUCGGCGAAAUCGCAGAAGCUGUUACGGUCACCACGUAAGGCCACGAGGAAAAUAUCGAGGAUCCCCUUCAAGGUUCUGGACGCGCCGGAGUUGCAGGACGACUUCUACCUGAACCUGGUCGACUGGUCGGCACAGAACGUGCUCAGUGUCGGUCUCGGCAGUUGUGUCUACUUGUGGAGUGCAUGUACUAGUCAAGUAACACGUCUGUGCGACUUGUCAUCGGAGGGGAACACUGUGACAUCAGUGGCGUGGAGCGAGCGCGGUCAUCAGGUGGCCGUCGGCACGCAGAAGGGACAUAUUAGUGUUUGGGAUGUUACCGUCAACAAAGAGGUUACAAAAUUACAAGGACAUAUAGCACGUGUGGGUGCUCUGGCUUGGAACGGCGACGUACUAAGUUCCGGUUCAAGGGAUAGGCAUAUACGACAGAGGGAUACGAGGUGUCCACCUCAACAGUCAGGUCGUGUACUACAGGGGCAUAGACAAGAGGUCUGCGGCCUCAAGUGGUCACCAGACGGCCAGUCGCUGGCGUCCGGUGGCAACGACAACAAACUAUUCGUUUGGUCUAUGCACUCGACGACACCCGUACAGACGUACUCCGCGCACGUAGCGGCGGUGAAGGCGAUCGCGUGGUCGCCGCACCAGCACGGGCUGCUCGCUUCCGGCGGCGGAACAGCUGAUCGCUGCAUCAGAUUCUGGAACACCCUCACCUCGCAGCCCAUGCAGUACGUCGAUACAGGAUCGCAAGUGUGCAAUUUAGCGUGGUCGAAACAUUCGAGUGAACUCGUCUCCACACACGGCUAUUCGCAAAAUCAAAUACUGGUGUGGAAAUAUCCAUCGUUAACACAGGUGGCGAAAUUAACGGGACAUUCAUAUAGAGUACUCUACCUGGCCCUCUCUCCAGAUGGGGAAGCCAUUGUAACGGGCGCUGGCGAUGAAACGCUGCGUUUCUGGAACGUAUUCUCCAAAACACCAUCGCAUAAAGAGAACAAGAGCGUUCUCAACUUAUACACGGCACUUAGAUAAAGCAGUAUUAUUAAUAAAUAUCAACUCUCCCUCUCUUAUGGAAACUAAAUUCUAUAAACCUAUUUGUCUGUUUCUUACAAAUGCAAAAAGUAGCUUGAAAGAAAGGGACAGAAUAGUUGAAUUAGGAAAAUAGGAUUAAAAGAUGUUUGAAUGGGAGGACGGUCUCUGUGUAUUAUAUUUGCAUUUCUAGUGAUUACAUAGUUGUAUGAUAGUAUAGUAUGAAUUGUACUUUAUAAAUUAAUAGAUAAUAACGUGGACUAAGUCUGUAUAACCAUUAAUUAUGUUUUGUAGCAAAUUAUUUGUGACUGAUUUUUGUUAUUGAUUUUGAAUUGAACGAGAGUCGAAAUUUUAUUGUAUUUAUUUUAUUAUUAAUUCACAAUGUUGAUUGUGUGAUAUAUAAAGAUUUUUCUUUGUUACGCGACAACUGUGAAGGAAUGAACUUGUUUAAAAAAAAAGCAUAUUCCGAAAAUGUAAAAAUAAUUCAUUAAUAAUUUGAUUAACUAAAAAGAAUUAAAGCUAACAUACUUAUAAAAAUGAAUAUUAAAUAGUAUAAAACGCCACGUAUAAUUUAGGAGU